UAACGGAGGACGCGUCCGAGAAAUGGACCAGCGGAGUCACUAAUACAGCAUCGAGAUUGGGCAAUAUUAUCUACAGUAUCUGCACAACGAUCGCGCUAAUACUCUUAUUUAGAGACCUUUGAAUAUUUUAAGAGCAUAGUGUCAGCUUCUCGAUUUUUAAUGUUUAUUCAAAGUUUCCGUUACCUUUUACUUGGCAGGUCCCACUUAAAAGGCAAUUAAUGCUUAGAUGAGGAAUGCUCUAUUUUAUCUGUUGUUGAAUAGAUACUGAAAAAUUUAAGUAACCUGACGUUUGAAAGGUGCUAAUACCACUCGUCGACUUAUACGUCCGCAGUAUGGAUUUUCCCAAGUGAAGGUGUCAAGGGAAAGUGAGCUAGGGUGUAAGAGGAUUGAAUUGGUUGACAUACAUUUGCCGUCUUUGAGGAAAGGCGACCUCAACAACAGAAGAGACGUUUGAUUUAUAGAAAAACAAUAUAGAUAAAUAAAUAGAAAUAGGUUUAAAAAUAUUUUUUUAGGAUUCGGACGUAGGCCCGAAGGCUGUAGAUAAGCUGAAGUGUCCUGCUUUGUAUUUCAGCCUGCGACGUGUCGCUUGUUACACCUGGUAGGUCAACUCCGCCGUGAUGGAGAGAGUAUAUUCAAAGCAACUCCUAGACUGACAGGUAUUUUGAUGGCUGCGUCUGAGAGCCGCAUAGCGGGAAGAGUGAUUGUGUACUCCAUGCCAGGAUGCCCCCACUGCCUGCAGGCCAAAUCUACACUUGGGUCUUUGGGUUUGCCAGUGUGGGACAUAAAUGUCGCUCAUGAUGCCGCUCUCAGGGCCCGACUAAAGGAGCUGACCGGUAGCAGCACUGUACCACAUAUAUUUUUUAACAACGUCUACGUGGGAAGAAAUGAACACCUUCAGAACCUGUCCCCUGAAGCACUUGAACGGCUGGUACAUAUGGUGAGGGAGGAGCCUGUGCCGUCAAAUCCCUACCCGUUACCUGCAGGAACCAGCCCUGAGACUGAAGAGAGGGAUGGAGGAGCUUUUGAAGUAUCUGAGGCCCUGCGGAAUCUGAUCCUGAAACUGUACUCUCACCACCUUUCUACUGAUGGCAAGUCAGUGGAUUAUAGAGCCAUGUCUAAGAGUCCAUGGCUCGAGCGUUAUUGUGAGUGGACUCUGCAGCUGCAGCAGGCAAAGCUGCUAUCUCUGAGCCGAGAGGAGAAGCUGGCCUUCUUCAUCAAUGUCUACAAUGCCCUGGUGAUCCAUGGGAACUUGCGUCUCAGCUUCCCUAAGACCAUGUGGCAGAGGUACCGGUUUUUCAACUAUGUGAGCUACCUGAUUGGAGGAGAGGUGUUCACACUACAGGAUAUCGAGAAUGGUGUGUUGCGAGGUAACAGGAAAGGGGUGACGCAGCUUCUGAAGCCCUUCUCAAAUAAUGACCCUCGACUGCAGGUUGCCCUUCCUGAAGUGGAGCCUUUGAUUCACUUUGCACUGAACCAUGGUGUGAAGGGCUGCCCUCCAAUUAAAGUCUACAGUCCACAGGACAUCAAAGGUCAGCUUCACAGUGCUGCGGAGGCUUUUCUGGAGAGCAGUGAGGGCUGUGUGGUGGACUAUGUGAAAAGAGAAGUGAAGCUGAGCCAAAUCUUUAAGUGGUACAAGGUGGACUUCGGUGGUGCGGAUGAAAAGCUGCUGAACUGGGUUGUAGACCACAUGGGGGAGUCAGAGAAGAAGUCACGACUCAAAAUCCUUCUAUCUGCAGGAAACGUCAAAGUGAGCUACUUGCUUUAUGACUGGUCCACAAACAGCACAGACUAAACAAAGGUCCAACCGUCACUUAAACAUUUUAGGGCUUUGACCUGGACUGCACAGUCUCUGGUAGGUUAACAUUUCCUUUAGCAAACAGAUCAGAGCAGUGAUGUUCUCUAAUAAAACUGCAGCCAGUUUUGCUGUUAAUCCUAGAGUAAAAACUAAUAAACACAAAAUGACAUUCUUUCCAAGGAGAUAACUAUGCAUAUAGAUUCCUAUAAAUAGUUAUUCCACACUUGAAAGGGCAAGUUGAAUUUGUGAUCUUAGCCAAUAGUAUUUUCAGAUGUUUUUUCUACCAGCAGUUUUCCUAGUAAUGAUACUGGGUUUUGCACUUCUAUUAUAAAAUAUUAUAUUUAAUUGUCACGGAGUGAUUGCAACAGUAUUUGGGCAGAGAAUUUAAUCUAUUUCUGUACAUUAUCACAUUUUAUUUUUAUUUAUUUAAAAAUUCAUGCAUAUUUAAAUAUUGCUAUGCAAACCAUAUUUUUACCUCCUGGAAGACACUGAUGUCUACUGGAGUCAUUAUGACUAGACUCAUUUAGCUACCCAUACUCACAGGUGAUCCAAACGGUUCUAUAUUUACAAUGUCAACAACACAGUUUACAUAGCAUCAUAGUAUAUUAUCUGUCCUAAUGGCUUGCUAGCUGACUAGAUACUACUGAUGGAAGUCAUGAUUUCAUAAUCUUCGCUGUUAAAAAGCAUGUAUCGAGAGACGUGUUGCAUGUAUUAUGCAAAAGGCUGGAAUGAGAGCACAAGGUAGAUAGUAGCAUAUUGACUCUGGUUCAGCCAGUGCCACAUUCUAGUCACCCAUGGACCACAUUAUACUAAGUUCAGGAAAAUAAGGUAAUUCACUCUGCACUGUAAGCAUUUUAUGGACUUAAAAAAACAAUGCAUAACAUUUAUUUGGUGCAGUAAAUGGGGGCAGUGAUAGCAGGUGAACUCUUUCAUAAACUAGUAUUGCACUUAUUCUACUGCAUGAACCCAAUUUAUAUUAUUCUUGAGCAAUAUUGUGUCAUGAAUAAAUGAGUUUGCAAAAUCUAAAAAUAAAGCAUGCGUGCAAAAUC